AGAAUUUAAAGUAAAAAACAACAUAUAUGAUUUUUGAUUACUUAUUAAUGUGUUUGUAUAACAUUGAUGUGCCUAAUGUACAAUAUAGACCAAACAAAUAAGAGUGCAAGCAGCCUUCCCCAAAGAGCUUACAAAAUAUGAUCCCAGUCCUGAAAACACUUAUGCAUAUGAGUAGUUCCAUUGUUUUUACUCAAAUUAAGAACUAGCAUAAGCGUCUGCACAGAUCAGGGCCUAAAUUAGAAAACAAAUGAAAUGACAACAUUAAUCUAAAUGUUAAUCUAUGUAAUGCAAUUUCACUCUGUGUAAAAACUUGUGACUGACUGGUUGUACUGCCCUUCCCCUUAAGGCAUUGUUUAGUUAAUGCACAGAAAUAUUGUGUGAUUUUUUUUCCUAUGGUGGGUAUAACUCUAUACUACACAAAAACCUUAGAAUUUUUGCUAAAGAAUGGCACACUUUUCUGACUCUUCAAGUUCUAAAAGUCACAAAAUAGUUCAUUGUCUCAAAAUACUGGAACAUUAUUAUUAGAAAAUUUACAGUAACAACAUAAUACUGUAUUUCUUUCUGAGCAAGGGAUUUUCCAUUUUAAAGGGGAAGUCAGACAAAAAUAUUUCCGAAAGUUACAUUGUUUGUAAUGUUAUAGAAGAAGGCAAUAUUUGUCUUUGCUUAGUUUCUUGGUGCCUGGUUUCACUUUUGACAGGUAUGAUGUCUUUAUUAUAUAUGUUUUAUCCUUACUUAUUUUAUUAUUACAGCAUUCUUGAGCUCUGACCCUAAUUCCUAUGAUUUAUAUUAAUAUAGUCUAACAUUCUGAUGAAAGAGCAUAGAGCUUCAUUGGAAGAUGAGACCAGAUCUUCUGAAAAUGAAGGAAGUUGCCCUUAUUUACCUUGAUAGGAGUGGUGGCCUUCAGAAAUUUGUGGAUGAUUGCAAACGAUAUAAUGACUCAAAGCAAAGUUAUGCUGUCUAUCGAUUCAUUAUUUUGAUAAAUCCUUCUGAUAUUGCUGAGUUGGAUGCAGCUCUUGGCAAUCAGAUUCUGCACAAACCGAUGAAAGCUGCACAGAUUUUUCAGUCGGUCUGUUUCAUAGCUAUUAAAACACUGUCAUUAAUUGAACAAUUACAGACAGAGGCCCAGAUUAAUAUAGUGUUGAAACCAACACACUUGCCUCCUCUGCCAAGUUAUGUUCUCAGCCUUUGUGAGUUUCCACUUGAUUACAUAUCUCAGAGAUUUUAUAUGUCAGAGGGAAUAGUGAUUGCAAUGGGAACUGUAACGAAAUACACACAAGGAGCAAGAUUCCUUUGUUCUGAGGAAACCUGUCCAUUUUCUGAAGGGUUUAAUUAUAUAAGAGUGCAUAUCCCUGGAGCUACAGAGUCUGCAACAGUGAGGAAUGAUUUUGUAUGCAAUUUAUGUGCUUCACCACUGCGAGAAGACAUGAAAUUUAGAGUACUUGGUGAUAAACAGCUAGUUGAAAUGGUAGAUGCAAAAUCUCUGAGUGCUUUCCAAGGAUAUUCCAACAAUAGACCACAUUUCAGGAUUCAGUCUUUUACAGUUUUCCUAAGAGAUGAAUUGUCGAACAAAAUGAAAAUAGGAAACAGGUAUAGAUUUAUAGGCAUUCCAGCCUGUAUACAAAACUGCUCACAAGUUACAGUCUGUAUAGAAGUCAGCAGUAUACAGCUCUGUAGUCCAGAAGGUACUUCUUGUAUCAGUGAGAAUUUUAAGUAUCUGCUCUCCUUGACUUCAAGUUCAUGUUGGAGGUUUACAGCCAUACUUGCCAACAUCUUUGCUUCUCAAGUUGUCCCACCAGGCACUUACAAUACUCUUAAACUGUCCAUACUGUUGAGUCUGGUCCAGACAUGUGACAGAGACAGAGAGACAGCAGAUUACCUGGAUCUUUUGAUUGUGACCAGUGACACCCUAAUAGCAGAUAGGCUUUUGAAUUACAGUGUUUGUCUUGUAGCCCGUGGCAUACGGCACCCGGCAUCUAAUGACAUUUUUCCUACUGUGUCCAAAGAUAAGCAUGGAACUGGAACUGCUAGCAUUCAGGCGUGCAGUGCUCUGCUGGCCAAAGGUGGUAUCUGCUUCAUAGGAGAUUUGUUAUCACAUAAAAAGGAUAAACUUGAACUUCUGCAGUCAGUGCUGGAGAGCAGAACCACUACAGUAUUUAUUCCUGGAAAGAAGUAUGGAGAAGAUGUUGACCAGCAAGUUAUUCUUCCAAUUCAGACCAGUUUCUGGACUUUUGUAGAUGAGGAUUUAUCGUCCAAAAAAUAUGUACAAAAGGAUAACACUCUAAUUGGCAAGUUGGACUUGAGCUCAAUAGCAGCUAACCUUAUAGAUGCUUUUGGGCUUUUGAUACACUGCAAUGAGUUAUCUUGCCAACCAGCUCUUCCUCUUUUGGAUCACAUCAUGAAAAAAGCCAUUGAUCCAGAAGAAGCACUUUAUACCCUCUUCCAGCAGUUCAGAACACAAGAUUUUGAAGAGCUUAUUGUAUUUGCUACGAAUUUGCAUGUAGAACUCAGUUCAGAAGCAGAAAGACUCAUUCAUGGCUACUACCUAGCAAGUCGCAGAGUCAGAACAGAUUCUAUUCAUGGAUCAAAACUAUCAACAUCUGCACUGAAAAUCCUGGUUUCACUGUCUAAAGCGCACACUAAGCUGAGUUUAAGGAAGAAAGUACUUGAGGAAGAUGUGUUGAUUGCUGUCUUGUUAUUUGAAUCAUCUCUCACUUUAAAACAUGGUGCCUCUGUAUUUUGUGUGGCUCCAAAUGCAGUGUUUCCAUUUGACCUCAUUGAUGAAAACACUCUGCAGCAAAGAGAUGUUUAUCUGAUGCAGUGCCAUCAGCAACUGUUACAGUUUAUUGCCACAUAUGGCCCUGGAACACAUGUUACUACUAGUGAAGAAUAAAGAACCUAUUCUGAAAGCAGAGCUUAUUCCUAUAGCAAAGUUUUGCGUUUUUUUUUGGAAAAUGUAAAAUUUAAAUAUUUAAAGUUUUAGAGUAUUGCUACUGCAAAAUGUAUAUGAAAGUUACUAUUUUAUGAAAUUGCUACUCCUACAGAUAAGUUUGUAGCCAACUCAAAAUUAAACAAUAUUGCACAUUAA